GAUUGAUGGUCUGGAACUAAGACUGAAUAUAUGUCGAGAAGUAUUUUCUUUUCUGGAGAAUUAGUGUUUUCUUUAAACUGAAUGUGAAACAAGUUUUUUUAUUUUUGAUUUAAUAAGAAAGAAAGGAAGAAGAGAGCAACUGACGGGGUGAAGCAACUUCUUUCACACAUUUCUGGAUCCAAAAGGCCCUCACACUGCUCAAGCAAGAGAAAUCCCUAGGUUUGGCAAGAACCAGCGUUCGCGCACGCGCAGCAAAUUCAACUACAGCCGCCCCGCCCUCCGUUUGCUGGCCCCGCCCCAGCCUCGCUCACCUCACCCGGUCGGGGGUGGGAGGCGGAAUGUGUUACCGGGAACACCGGUCCGACUUUCUUCCUUCCGCCCUCCAUUGUUUUCUCCCUUGCAAUGGCAACCGGAUUAGUGAGGCUGCUGCUGCGGGGGCCUCGCUGCCUCCUGGUACCAGCCUCCCCCACUCUCGCCCCGCCGGUUCGGGGAACGAAGAAGGAAGCCCGAGCCGCCUUCCGCUUUCAGAAGGAGUUAGAGCGGCGGCGCCUGCUCCGGUGCCCGCCGCCGCCCGUUCGCCGUUCAGAUAAGCCCAACUGGGAUUACCAUGCUGAAAUUCAAGCAUUUGGACCUCGGUUACAGGAAACCUUUUCCUUAGAUCUUCUCAAAACUGCAUUUGUUAAUAGCUGCUAUAUUAAAAGUGAAGAGGCCAAACGCCAAAAACUUGGAAUAGAGAAAGAAGCUGUUCUUCUGAAUCUUAAAGAUAAUCAAGAACUAUCUGAACAAGGGACAUCUUUUUCACAAACAUGUCUCACACGAUUUUUUGAGGACGCCUACCCACACUUGCCCUCUGAAGGCAUUCAAAGUCUUGUUGACUUUCUCACUGGUGAGGAAGUUGUGUGUCAUGUGGCUAGAAACUUGGCUGUGGAGCAAUUAACGCUGAGUGCAGAAUUUCCAGUACCCCCAACUGUAUUGCGGCAGACUUUCUUUGCAGUAAUUGGAGCCCUGCUACAGAGCAGCGGACCUGAGAGGACUGCACUUUUCAUCAGGGAUUUCUUCAUUACUCAAAUGACUGGGAAAGAACUUUUUGAGAUUUGGAAGGUAGUAAAUCCCAUGGGACUACUGGUAGAAGAAUUGAAGAAAAGGAACAUUUCAGCGCCUGAAUCCAGGCUUACAAGGCAGUCUGGAAGCACCACAGCUUUGCCUGUGUAUUUUGUUGGCUUAUACUGUGAUAAAAAGUUAAUUGCAGAAGGACCUGGAGAGACAGUACUGGUUGCAGAAGAAGAAGCUGCUCGAGUGGCACUUAGGAAACUGUAUGGAUUCACUGAGAAUAGGCGGCCCUGGGACUACUCCAAGCCCAAGGAGAAUUUAAGGCUACAAAAGACCAUUGCUGCCAGCUAGCCAGCCAAAGACGCGGGAACUUGAAAUUUGUAAGGAAAACAGUGAGACAGAUGUCAAAGAUGUUCAAAGCUGGACAUUUUUCAAAUUGCAAAGAAGUGUGUCUUAUCGUCUCAUACUGAGUUCCUAAAAUUAAACAAGUAUUCAUCAGGUCA